CAACACGUCGUUUUUUCUCAGCUCGCACUCCUAUUAUUAUUGUUUGUCUUUACACGCACGCACCAAUACAUAAAUAUAUCGCCAACUGGAAUUUUUCAUCCACCAAAGCAAGAUUCGAAGCAAGGCGAGCACAGUGGCCCGCUGACGACUACUCGAAGAAUCGCUUCUCUCUUCUAAAUAAUGGCAAGGGAGAACGGUUACACACAAGCCAUGGCGACAGCCAAGCUCGAGGAAAUGCCCGACAGGAUAGCGGAAACAAUGAGAGGUCGAGAAAUCUUGAUCACAGGAGGCACAGGUUUUUUGGGAAAAGUUGUCGUUGAAAAGUUCCUGCGUUGUUUACCCGAAAUCGCACAAAUUUACCUACUGGUAAGGCCUAAAAAAGGCAAGGAUCCACAGCAAAGGCUUGACGACAUAUUCGAUUCAGCGUUGUUUGAAAAAGUCAAAGAACAAAGAGGAAUCGAUGCCUUAAGGAAACAGGUCACAAUAGUAAAUGGAGAUGUGUCUCAAUUAGGUUUGGGUCUUUCUUCGGAAGAUAGGAAAAUGUUGUGUGAAAGAAUAAGUAUUGUUUACCAUGGAGCUGCUACAGUCAGAUUCGACGAGUUAUUAAAACGGGCAGUUGUAUUAAAUACACGAGGAACAAAACAGAUGUUAGAACUGGCAAAAGAAAUGAAAAAACUCGAACUUUUUGCACACAUAAGCACGGCGUAUUGCCAUCUUGAAGAAAAGGUACUCGGAGAAAAACCAUAUCCACCACCAUCGGAUCCGCAUAAAAUCAUAAAAUGCGUCGAAUGGAUGGAGGACGAAGUUGUAGAAGCUAUGACAGACAAAAUACUUGGUGAUCUACCGAACACAUACGCUUUUACAAAAGCUCUUUCUGAAGGACUCGUGGAGGAAGCGAUGUCCGAAAUUCCUGCUAUUAUUUUAAGGCCAAGUAUCGUAAUUCCAAUCUGGAAAGAGCCAGUGCCUGGAUGGACGGAUAACAUAAACGGACCGACUGGAUUGCUGAUUGGCGCGGGCAAAGGUGUGAUCCGAUCGAUGUACUGUAACGAGAACGGCUACGCGGAUUACGUACCGGUUGACAUCGUGGUGAACGCCAUCCUGGCCAUCACCUGGAACUACAUUCACAACAAGGACCACGAGAAGCGAGUUUACAACCUAACCAGCAGCAGUGAAUUCAAGGUCUCGUGGGCUGAGAUUAUUGAUAUAGGUCGUCGAGUCACGGAGAAAGUGCCGCUCAACGGGGUCGUCUGGUAUCCCGGCGGCAGCAUGAAGAAAUCCCGACUCGUGCACAACAUCUGCGUCUUCUUGUUCCAUUGGAUACCCGCUUACUUCAUCGACACCCUCAUCUUCUGCUUGGGAUACCCACCCAUAAUGUGUCGAGUACAUCGUCGCAUCCAAAAAGGAUUCGAAGUGUUCGAAUAUUAUGCUAACAAUCAGUGGGACUUUGAGAAUUCAAAUAUCACAGAAGUCAGAACACUAUUGAAUUCGAGAGAAAAGAUUGCCUAUCAACUGCACGGAGACGACAUGGACAUGGACGAAUAUUUUGAAAAUUGCAUAAGAGCUGCGAGAAUAUUUAUUUUGAACGAACCACCAGAAACUUUGCCGGCUGCUCGUCGUCAUAUGAGAAUAAUGUACUGGGUAGACAUUUUCACGAAAAUAAUGUUCUUUGGACUUUUGAUAUAUAUGCUGGCUUGUUGGAGUGAAAGCUUCCGAGCGUUACUGGACGGUGGACUGCAGCUCAUCAACCGGGCAUUAUCAUAGUUUGUACCUUAAUUUAAUUUUUUUGUUUAUUGUUUAGUACCUUCAUACUGUAAAUUUACCAAAUAAAUAGUUAAGGCGACUAAGGUAACUUUUGACAGAAAAUCGUCUAAAUAUUUCGCCGUCAUAUUCUCAGUUGUAUGUGUAUGUAAAUGCAACUGACGUUAAUACCUCAAGAAAAGUUAUAAGGAAAGGAACAAAAAAAAUUUAUGUUGAGAAUGUUUACAAAUAGUUUCGUGCCACAUAUAUGGCAAAACAUCGUACAUUGUAUAUUAGUAUAAUUUUUGUAAAUUUAAAGAAGUUGAUGAUAAUUAUUAUUAUGUAUAAAAUAUGGAUGGAAUAAAAUAAAUUAAAAAUGCAUCACU